AUGAUUACCGGACCUCUCAGCCGCCGCCUUGUGGCCCAGCAACCUCGUGUGCUCAGCCAGCGCCCUUUNGCAAGAAUCAUCAGCAGACCUUUGUCAUACACACACCAGCUCCAGGCACGCAAGGACGCUCAGGACAAGGACUCGCUCAAGCCUGAGCCCAACGAGUACAGCAAGAGCGGCUCGGACGACGAGGCAGCUCGCGUCGAGAAGACGGCCUUCGACCCCAACAAGACAUCGCCCGAGGAACAGCACGACUCGGCCGCCAGCGAGUCCGCAGAGCUUGGACAGGCAUCAAACCCUCUGAACGUCAGCCCUGCAAACCAGGAAGUCAGCAAGCCCAGAAGUUCGACAGAGGGAGGGCACGAAGGCUCGGCCGCCUCGUCGAGCGACAGCCCUAGCGACAGGUCCAGAAGCAGCGGCAGCGGUAGCCCCACCAAGGGCAGCGAGGGUCAGAAAUACAGCUCGUAG